AUGAAAGAUGUCUUUAAUAUGUUGUUUACUAAGUUAUUUGAAAGUCUGAGAAUAUGGUUGAGCCCCUUAUACCCACGAAUUAUCCAUGGAACCCACACAUCAGGAGAAUCAACAACACAUUUUAAAGCUGAUCUCAUCAGCUACUUGAUGGCUUAUAAUGCUCCUUCACUCAAGGAGUGGAUAGAUAUCAUCCACAAGCAUGAUCUCUCUGAAACCAAUGUUUAUCUUCUUGGAUCAACCCCAGGGCGCUUUCAAGGAAGUCAGAAAGAUAAUUGGGGACAUUUUAGGCUUAGAAAGCUUCUGAAAGAGCAUGCCUGUCCUAAAGGAGAGUCUUGGCCAAUAGUAGGUCAGUUUUCAAGCAUUGGGUCUAUGGGAGCUGAUGACUCGAAAUGGUUGUGUUCUGAGUUUAAAGAAAGCUUGGUGACGCUGGGGAAGGAAAGCCGGACCCCAGGGAGAAGUUCCGUUCCUCUUCAUCUGAUCUAUCCUUCUGUGGAAAAUGUGCGAACCAGCUUAGAAGGAUAUCCAGCUGGGGGUUCUCUUCCCUAUAGCAUCCAGACAGCUGAAAAACAGAACUGGCUCCAUUCCUAUUUUCACAAAUGGUCGGCUGACACAUCUGGCCGCAGCAAUGCUAUGCCACAUAUUAAAACAUAUAUGAGACCCUCUCCAGACUUCAGUCAGAUUGCUUGGUUCCUUGUCACAAGGAAGUGGACCAGAAUAAUGGAAUAUGUCAGUAGAAAGCGAGAUAGUAAGCAGUUUUUGGUUAUCGUGGUGUGUGCCCACAAGCAGCCUUCCCUACUCAGUUAUGUGAUCAUCAAGACUAAGAACUAUAGUUCUAGUUCUUUGUAUGGGUUCCAAGGACAUUAUCACUGUUUGAUAUGUGGGUAUUUAGGAUAUGGAGGAUGGGGCCUGGACAGCUUCAAAGUAAAACAGAAAUUCUUCUCAGGGAGCAAGGAGCCAGCGGCCGCCUUUCCUAUACCAUUCGACCUGCCUCCAGAACUGUAUGGAAGUAAAGAUCGGCCAUGGAUUUGGAACAUUCCUUAUACCAAAGCACCAGAUACACAUGGGAAUAUGUGGGUUCCCUCCUGAGAAUCUUAAAGCACUCUGAAAUUUAGGUUUAAGACCUCAAGCCCCAAAUAAUAGACGUUCUAAUUUGUACCGGAUGUUCACUCUUAAAGUUUUAUCUACACCCCUAACAAAACUCUGCAUAGCUCACUCUUGUGAACAUGUAUGCUGGUUAUACUUUCAGUGGUCAUUAACAGUGUCACUAAAAAAUCUAUUUUCUUAAUUCACUUUUUUAAGCUUUGGAAUGAAAGCUAUCAAACUCGACAAUGUUGAGUAUAGACAAAGUCAUCCUCAAAGUGAUAUAUGGAAUUUCAUGAUGGUGUUCACGCUUCCAAAGUGAAGAUUGACUAUGUGUGUUGUAUUCCUUCCAUCCUGAAAGGUGCUCUUCAUUCAAUAAAACUUGUCAGGGGAA